AUCAUCUUCCCCUUUGCUCUUCCUACCCUGCAUACUCAAGCCCCUAACCAAUUUGGAACCAUGAAGUGGGUAACAGUCAUCUCUUGCCUUUUCUUGCUAAGCUUUGCUGAAUCAAGGGGAUUGCCCAGAAGAGCUCGGGAUGUAGAAAUUAAAACCAUCAAACAGGCCUAUGAACUGACAGGUGAAGAUUUCUUCGACGUUCUCUUAAUCCUGAAUGCCCAGCAAGUACAGCAAGCCUCAUAUGAAGAAAUAAAAAAACUGGCAGAUAAUGGUGUCGAGCUUGCAAAGAAAUGUACCACUGAUGAAAGCUCAGACAAACAAUGUUCAGACUCUCUGACUGAUGUAUUCUGUGCUGAAAUUUGUCAUGAACAAGCUCUGAUUGAGAAAUAUGGAUUCACUCAAUGCUGUGCUAAAGAGGGGGCAGAGGAAGAAGAAUGUUUCCACGCCCAUAAAAAUGGAAGUGAAGGAGCCGUUCCACCCAUAGAUCCUCAACCUCACGAGGUGCUCUGCAAAGAGUUUCAUGAUAACAAGGCAGAAACAAUGCACCACUUUGAGUAUGAGGUUGCCAGAAGGAGGCCUUUUGCAAACGUUGCCGAAAUCCAUGCUGCAGCCCAUAGGCACGUACAUCUUAUGGAAGAGUGUUGCAAGGCUGAGGACAAGGAUGCCUGCUUCUACGAAAAGUCAUCAACUGUAGGAAUUCCACUGGAACAAAAUAUUGCUAUUCAGAAAGUGGCUUGUCACAUCCUGAAGCACUCAAAAGCUGAGAUGUAUGCGAUGAAACUUGCCAAUCUGGCCCAGAAGUUCCCUAAGGCUGAAAAUUCCGAUCUUGAAAUACUUGCUAGGGAUAUUGUGCUCUCUCAUGAUAAGUGCUGCAACGGGCAUGAAGUGGAGUGUUUACUUGCUAGGGGAAAUAUGGUAGCCCAUGUCUGUAGCCACCAAGAAAAGUUUUCUUCUAAAGUGCACCACUGCUGUGAAAAACCCUGGCUGGAACGAGUGAAUUGCUUUAUCAAAAUAGAAAAUGAUGAGAAGCCUGCAGAUUUGUCUCCAACAGUCAGGGAGUUCAUAGAGGGCAAAAAACCCUGCCAGGAUUAUGCUGAUAGUACAGUAGACCAUCUUGAUAAUUUUAUAUAUGAGUAUGCAAGACGGCACCCAGAGUUUUCAGGCCAGCUGAUCACAAGAACUGCCAAAGGUUAUAAAAGGUUGCUGGAGAGGUGCUGUGCAAUGGAGCAUCCUGAGACAUGCCUUCCUGAAGGGGAAGAGAUGCUCAAAAAACAUGUUGCUGAAAACCUAGAAGUGGUCAAGAAGAACUGUGAUGCCCAUUCGAAAUUAGGAGACUACUUCUUCCAGAACGGGCUCCUUACUGUUUACACCAUGAAAGCACCCCAGCUAGAAGCUGAGGAAUUGCUGAUGUACACAAGGGGCUUCGUUAGAGUUGCUAACAAAUGCUGCAACCUGGAUGAAGGUCACAAACUGAAAUGUGCAGAGGAAAAUAUGGGCUUAGUGCUAGGAAGUAUAUGCUUGCAGCACAAUGACUACAACAUAAACAAACAAGUUGGCAAGUGCUGCACUGGUCCCUAUGAUGAUCUCCGGGAAUGCUUUGGUGGCUUGGGAGUAGAUCCAGAAUACCAUGCUCCUGCCUUCAAUGCUGAUCUGUUCCACUUAGAUGAAGGCAUAUGCACAGAUGCUCCAGAAGAAGCACAAAGAAAAAAGCAAACCUUGCUCAUCAACAUGAUUAAGACUAAGCCUGACAUCUCAGAGGAACAGCUUGUGAGUGCGAUUGUAGACUUCCAGGGCCUGGUGACAAACUGCUGUGAGGCAGACAACCACAAAGCUUGUUUUGACACUGAGUUUCCGAAACUAAUCGAAAAGCUUCAUACAGAUCUUGGAGUGCACUAAACAUCUCAGAUGUGGAAGAAUGCUGGAGACAAAGUUCAAAUAUGUUCAAGCCCCCUUGUUUGCUUGCUUGCUACAUGUUAAUUUUCUAACUCAAAGGAAAGAAGGAUUUGAUUCUUCCUUAAGAGCAAUUGCUCAUGAUGGUUUAACACUAAGAAUGAAUAAAGUCUUCAAACAAAA